AACCAUAAUGUGAUCAAGAUGGAAGUUGUCCAUGGACUUUUCACUGCUUCCCGGCUUUCUGCCUUCCUCUGGGGGCUUCACUGCCUGUCCAACAGUUUUACAGCGAAGAUACUGACUCGAGUCUAGAAAAAGGCUCGUAGAAGCUUAAAGUAAGGACUUCUUGCUUGGAAAGAGUGAAGUUAAAUUUCCCAAACGUGGACAGAUUUCAUUUGAUGGAUGAAUGAAAAGUCAGCUUGAGAAACAUCUCUUGGCAAACUGCAUUUCAGGAACUAAUUGAUCUGCAAUCUUUGGUUUGGAUUAUAUAUUCCACUUCUGGAUUUCCACAAAAGCUUUCAGAUUAUGUUGCUAAACAAUGUGUCAUCACUGGAGUAUUUAUGAGAAGUAAACAUCAGUGUUCCUCCACUGUAGAAUGUGGAGUUCGGCUGUCAGCUGUUCGUUGGAGUGCAAAUCUGGUCCUUCUAUUUAACCUGGCAUCAAAAGCAGCUUUAUGGGAUAGCAUUGGCUGCCCAUCAUGCCAGUAGCCAUACGUAAAAGAAGCUGGGAGGAGCAUGUGACUCACCCGUCAGGAUUACAGUACAGCUAUGAUGAUCUGGAUCUCGUCUGCUGUCAUGGGGUCAAAGGCGAUGGGCUAUGGAUGGGUUCUGCGGGUUCCAAACAAGGUAGACGGGCAAGGUGUUCCUCUAUGCCAGAGGGAUGCCACCAGCUGCCUAUAGAUGACCCUGCUCAGACUUGUGAAGGUGGAGCUUCUGUGAUGAAUGAUGAUACUGAACCGGAACACUUAAAACUAAUGGAAAACAAUGGAAAGGAUUUGCAGGAGUCAGUGGAUCGGUCUUAUGAGUUGGUGGGUGCUGGCAUACUCCCAAAGACUGACUCUGACUCAGAGGAUCUCCAAACCACAAGCCCUGGGAAUUUUGGAGAGUUUUGUAAUUCAAACAGUGGUAUGUCUAGUGCAAAUAUUUCUUGUGCAACUGAUAGCAGUGAUAAGACUAUCGAUAAUAAAAGUGAUUUGGGCACAGAAAGUUGCCAGAAUCACAGCAUGUGCGAUGACAGUCUCUUUAAAAGUGCACAUAUCUCUCACCAACAAUACGUCUCUAUCUCUUCCAACAAUGUGCCUCCAUUGUCUGAAUGUGCUGGUGAGCAACCUGGCAAAGUUCCAAACCAUCAGGAUACAAAGGGGAGCCAUAGAGAGGGUUACAGCAGACCUCCUGAAAUCACUGGGGCCACAGUAAACUGGUGCUCUGCUGGCGAACAGGAACCUCAAACCGACCUCCCAGAUGUUGAAGAAAGCAAGACUGUCAUCUCUGACCAGCCUGGUAUGAAUGCUCUGCUAAGCUCAGCAAAUAUGGAGGGUGGUGAAGCACUGUCGCUAAUCAACAAAACUGUGGAAUCAUUAGUAGCAGAUGGAGAAUGUGACAAAGGAAUAUCUGAGAGCCGGAGUGCAUGUUCUGCUGACAAGCAAGAUGGAUUGAGUGACCUAGAAACUCUAAAUGAAAAUACAGGACUGAGCUGUCUCUCAAGAGUCACUAUAGGAGAAGAGCGGGACCAUGAAGACUGUGCUGGACCGUUGGAUAAGGAUCAUGGUUGGGAAAUAUCCAACCAGACAUUGUUGGAGCAGCACAAUGUUGAAAUGUUAGCGGAGAGCAGGCCCCAGGGAGAGAAAAGUGCACAAGCAGAAAGCAGCGAGAAAAAAGGACACGUCAGACCUAUUGAAUCAUCUGAUGUUAGUGUCAUAAAUCAGUGCUGCUCUUUAAUGGCAGACAGCAAUGUGUCAUCUAAACAAAUGAAUUCUGGACAUGCAGGAGAUGCCAUUGGGACAAACACGACACAGUGUGCAGAUAAGGAUGUGAAAGGUUCUGUAAGUCAGUCACUGGGAAAUACUGACCAAAGUUUAGGUCCUGUUAGUGAGGAUCUCGCCAUUCCUCAUCAGACAGAAUAUAGUUGUUCAAAACUGGACACUAUACCAGAGAUCAGCCCUGUGGAGGCAAAAGACAGCUCUCUACUUCAUGCUCAAAAGAAUAAUGAUGUUAACAGUACCCCAAAUCCAGCUGCUGAGCACUGCUGUUUGGAUGAUAAACACGAGGUUGCUGAACAACACACGCAAAACCUGCCACCAUGCUCUACAGAGGUCAACGAGGGACUCCAUGGUAACCGAGCCUCAGGUCCUCACUUCAGUGAGUCACCUGCCUCUGAGGUGGCAGAUGGUCACAGAGAACACCACCAGCCAGGAGCCACAAUGGAGGAGUCAAGGGAAGACGUACGUUCAGUUAUAUGCAACGAUACACAAGACGGCAGUUUGGCUUUAGAUGGAACAUAUGAGCAUGCAGAUCAGAAAGAAGACAACGUGUUCAAAGUGCGGCUGAGAAAGCAUGGGCAUGCUCGCUUGGACUCGAUGGUGCUGCUGCUGAUGAAGUUGGACCAGCUAGAUCAGGAAAUUGAGAAUGCCCUCAGUGCUACUUCCUCCAUGGACAGCACAGCCACCUUCCAUCGACGGCAUCACCCGGAGUUUGAUUUAGGAUCCUCUUCAGCAACGUCACAACCACCCACACAUCCACAUGCUGCUGUUGUUGCUGCUGCUGCUGCUUUGUCUUCGGGAUCUCCACAAGCCCUUGGAGCAAAGCCUAAGAGUGGGAGCACCCCCGUUGUUCCUGAGAAAGAAAAAGCUGAGAUCGAAGCCAAAGAGGCCUGCACGUGGCUCCGAGCUGCAGGGUUCCCUCAAUACGCCCAACUUUAUGAAGACGCCCAGUUUCCCAUUGACAUUUCUUCAGUCACCAAGGACCACGACUUCCUCGAUCGGGAUGCUAUUGAGGCUCUCUGCAGGAGACUGAACACCCUCAAUAAGUGCGCUUUAAUGAGACUGGAGAUUUCGCCACAAAGAAAAAGAAGUGAGGACUCAGAUGAGGAUGAGCCUUGUGCCAUCAGUGGACGCUGGACCUUCCAGAGGGACAGCAAGCGCUGGUCUCGGAUGGAGGAGCUGGAGGUUUUCUCCGCGCUGCCCACAGAUGCCUGCCAGCCCCCUUUUCCCAAGGACCAAGCAUCCCAGAAGGGCAAGCUCACCCUCCGAGAAGGCAACAGCUCGGAGAGUGUGCUGACCGACCUCAGUGAACAGCCCGAAGUCGGCUCCAUCCACAGCAGUGGGAGUGGAGGGAGAGGAGAAGAGAAGACCCACGGUGCUGCUCUGGUAAACGAAGCUGUGCCCCCUAAUGCCACCCGUGCCAGCUCAGUAGCUAGCAUGUGUUCAUCGUCAGGCACGGGUGGGUCAGGAUGUGCCAAUGAGGACUCUCUGUCUGACGGGUUGCCUCCAUCGCCCCUAGAGACCCUCAGGCAGUUCACCUUCGAUGUAAAGACGGGGGUUGCUGGACGAGGGGGAAGUCUGGACCGAGGAUCCGGCAGCAGCAAAAGCACACGUUCAAGAGCUAAGAGCUUUCUCAAGAGGAUGGAGAGUCUGCGGCUCCGCAGUGGCAGUUCCUCUAAGAGAAAGAAGAAGGGGGGCACCAGCGGAGGCAAAAUAGAAAUCAGCGGCCCUGUCGUCAAAGAGGGUCUCGAUGAUGACAAACUGCGGAGGCUCAACUGCGUGGAUAUCUCCAGUCUCAACCUCAACCAGAAUCUUAAUCACCAUCGCAAUCCUGCCCAGACUAUGACACUUAACCGCAAUCGCUCUGUAUCCUACUCCACUCAGACCAGCAACGGAAGUACUGGAAGUACUGGGAGCAGCCAGUCGGAAGCUAGCAGCGGGAGUGCGGUGAGCACACCGAGCCCAGUGACUCGAGCUCGCAGCCACAGUGCGGCGGCGACCUCCAGUAAGCGAGGGGGCAUGUAUUUGGAAGGUUUUGAUCCUUUCAGCCUCCUGCAGCAAGCUUCAGAUCAGAAGCAAGCUCCCAAAUCUGCCCCACCCAUCCCCUGCCACGCUAGUAAUGGGAUGACAGUUGAUGAGCAGAACCGCAAGAACAACUACAGCGUGCAAGACAACAGCAGACAAGUGGAAGAGGAAGAGGAGGGCAUGAUCUUUUUCUAUUUACCAGAAGGCCAUAAGCCUGGAACCUUUCCCAAGGCCCUCCAGGAUGGGAGUUCACGCACUAAUGAUAAUGGAAACUCUGUGAUCCUCAGGGGACGGCACAGCAGACGUCAACGCCGUGGCUCAUCGGGCUCGGUCGACAGCCGUCUGAGUUUUUAUGACAACGUCCCUUAUACAGAGAGAGAGGAGGGAGAGGAGGAAGAGGGGGAUGAGCACAAAUUAGAGGAAGUGCUUCAACACGUCAGCGGCCUGCAGCGUUUCGUUAAUGCCUGGUCUGAGGAUGCGGCCGGUGAAGAGGAGGAGGAGGAAGAUGAGGAGGAAGAAGGCGACUCGGAUUCAGCGCUGGACUCGGCCUCCCCGUGCCCGUCCUCUCCUCUGCAGAACCGCCUGGAGGAGGCCGAGAACGGAAGCGACCAAGACAGCACAGGAAACCCCUUGGGCGAGGGGGAAGAAGGAAUGAGGGAGAGAAGAGACUCUGGUGUCGGAGCAUCUCUAACCCGAACCAGCAGACCACAGAAACUCCGCUGGCCCAGCUUCCAGAACUCCCAUCGGCCCAGCUUGGCCUCCGCCCAGCUCCAGAUUAGCUGCCAGUCUGUGCUACAGAUGAAUCUGCUGCAGAAGCUCUCCCUUCUGCAGCUCACUGCUCUACUGGAGAAACACACUCCUACAAACAAACAUGGCUUCAGUUGGGCUGUGCCGAAAUUUAUGAAGCGCAUCAAGGUGCGCGACUACAAAGACAGGAAUGUGUUUGGUGUGCCACUACAAGUCAUCGUCCAGCGGACGGGACAGCCCCUGCCUCAAGGAAUUCAGCAGGCCAUGCGCUACUUACGAAAUCAGUGCCUCGACCAGGUGGGUCUUUUCAGGAAAUCGGGCGUAAAAUCUCGUAUCCAAGCCCUCCGUCAGAUGAAUGAAGCGAGCGGCGCCGACGGGGGAGGAGUCAACUACGAGGGCCAGUCAGCUUAUGACGUUGCCGACAUGCUGAAGCAGUACUUCAGAGAUUUACCAGAGCCCUUGCUUACCAGCAAACUUUCAGAGACCUUCCUGCAGAUCUAUCAGUACAUGCCUAAAGAGCUCCGCCUUCAGGCAGCUCGCGCUGCUGUGCUGCUCCUGCCGGAUGAGAAUCGAGAGGCGCUCCGGACGCUGCUGUGUCUGCUCAGUGAUGUGACGGCCAGCGUGGCUGAGAAUCAGAUGACUCCCACCAACCUAGCAGUUUGUCUGGCCCCAUCCGUUUUCCACCUCAACACGCUUCGACGGAAGGAGAGCUCCUCGCCGAGGGUGAUGAACCGGAAGCAGACACUCGGAAAGCCAGACCAGAGGGACCUGAAUGAAAACCUUGCUGCCACUCAUGGCCUGGCGCACAUGAUCCAGGAGUGCAGGAAACUCUUUAGGAUCCCAGAAGAAAUGAAUCGCUGCAGAAACUCGUACAUGGAGCAGGCUUUGCUGCCGCAGCGCUUGGAGGAGCUUGCAGGUGAAGAGGCUGCGCAUGGAGGCUACAGGGCGUACCUACAAGAUAGCCUGGACACUCUCCUCAAAGAGGCUAAAGACAAGUUCAAAGGAUAUGACAGCUGCUCCACGCCAGAGCAUGCUGACCUGGCAUAUAGGAAGGUCCAUGACGGGUAUCCACUGCGGCUGUGGAAAGUAACGGUGGAGGUUCCCGCAGCUCCCGAAGAGGUUUUGACCCGGGUGCUGCGAGAGCAGGGACACUGGGAUGAGGACCUGCUCGAGAGCCGUGUAGUGGACACCCUUGAUGACAGGACAGAGGUCUACCAGUAUGUCAGGAACUCCAUGGCGCCUCAUCCUACCAGAGACCAUGUCGUGCUCAGAACAUGGGUAACGGACCUGCCAAAGGGAGCAUGUGCACUGGUAUGUACCUCUGUAGACCACGAAGGGGCGUCUGCGGUGGGCGUCCGAGCCAAUGUUCUCACUUCACGCUACUUCAUAGAGCCCUGUGGAGCCAGCAAAUCCCGACUCACGCACAUUUCCCGAACCGACUGCAGGGGUCGUUUCCCAGAGUGGUACAAUAAACUGUAUGGACACUUGUGCGCUGCCGAGGUGGCACGGAUACGAGACUCAUUCACCACACCCAUGGACAAAUGAGAAAGCGGUGUGCAAUUUGGAUGGCGGCAGUUUGGGGGAAUUUUUUGGGGGGUGGGACUUUGACCUCCAUUCCACCAGGGAGGUCAAAGUCCAAGCCUCCAUCCUCACAUCAGGACAAACUCUGGAUCCUGGAUUGAAGGACUUUUUUUUGUGAUUUUUUUCCCCCCUAUGUCCAAACAAGAUUGAUGUUUUUAAACUGUUCUUUUGGGGCCUCCCAGCGUGCUGCCAAGAGGACUCGUGUCAGACAAACAUUUAUCUGGGCCAGAGGAGGCGAUGUUGAUACAGGAUGUAUGGUUUGUCCAAAGGGUGCUAUUGCUUCUGAGAAGCAAAAGAGGGAUUUAAUGUAUGCGUGAGAGCGUGUAUGCGAAAACGGCAGUUAACACAGAUUCGUCAUACUGGUUUCCAGUAGCAGAAAAAUGUGUACAUAAAGUAGUCUGUUCAGAGUAAAGGUCGGCGUAUGUCCUGCGUUACCUCUGUCCCCUUUUUUUCUGUUACAGCAAAGCACAGCAGACAUUAUUAUGGUCAGCCGAUUGAUAAAUCCACGGGUGAAGAAAGACGGUGAUGCGCAGACUGAGCGGAGACAAUAGAUAGGAUGUUGUGAGACGACAGGUGGCCGGUAGCACAAAGGGUUUUAGUGUUUUAGGGUAGAGACAGACGAGUACUGGUGGCUGGCUCACCAAAAAGAGAGGAACGAUCAAAGGAAGGGCCUCAUUUACUAACAUACAGACAUACGGCACAUGUCUCUCGAGCGUGUGAUGCCAUUGUUUGCGUUCUCGGAGAUGCAUAGGCACACUUUAUGGAUGUCAGGAACCGAAACGCAAGACCAAACAGAUUUAAUGGACCAAUUUUUUUUAAAAACCCAAGAUGAAAACAGUAGAUUCCCCACAGUGAGCUUUUCCUCACCGUUACAAGUGUUAGAUUUGUUUAAAGCACAGCACAGUUUUUGAGAUUUUAGGCUUGUAUGCUAUCAAAGUUUUUAAAAACAUAUAAUGCUUUCACAGUCGCUUUGAUGUAGACGAGAACAGAAAGGUAGUCUGACAGGAAAAGUAGAGGAAAAAAAAGAGGGGUCCUUUUAUAAAGGUGGUGAUUUUACAGGUUUUACUGUAAAGAGGAGGGCAGACUGAAUGUGUGAAUUUGAAGGAAGGAAAAUAUCUUUGCGUGAGCUUCUUUCGCUGUGCUGUCUCAUCUGUGUUCAAAAAAUAAAGACAUUGUAUCAGCUGACCUUCACUCGUAACACUCAUGCUUAAAUCUGAGGUUGUGCGUUGUUCGCGCUGACGUGUCUGAUUAAUCCACUAAGCCAUCGUUCGCAUCGCAAGUGUUUUAACUGUGUCUCUGCCAAAUAAUAAUGCAUGACAAUGACAGUUAAUUUAAAGCCAAUAUAUUUAUACCUCAGAUAUAUGUUUGUUUUGUAUCAUACUGUUUUAUUUUUAUUUUAUUGUACAUGUUAAGCUUUGUGUUACGUAAAUGAAAAUGUUUUAUCUUUUUUAAUAAUAUUAUUUCUGUACAGGUUAAUCAAAGUGCACUAUUAAAUGUAUUA